AUGUAUUUCAGUAUUGACACCUCUGAUAUAAAAGUCGAUCUAAGUAACUGCUUCAAGCCCACAGGUCAAAUUAUAAUGGUGGAACGGAUUCAAGUGAUUCCAAAGAACUCAGUUUCUGAAACUGGCGACAAGAGCAUCUCGAAUGGCAAUCUGCGACAAGGUGAUUUGGGCAGUGAGAAUCAAUCACCUUUAAUGGCUUCCAAUAGUGCCAAACGAGACCCCAUUACCAGGGAGAUUAAUAACGAAAGAAAACCUCGUAAAAAGAGAAAAACUUUUAGUUGUAGCCACUGCCGCAGGUUCAAAACAAGAUGUGAUUUUGAGCCUCUAGUUGGAAAAUGUCAUCGAUGUAACAUUCUUCAGAUCGAAUGCUCGCUAACUACUGAGAGAGAGUCAGAAAUUUUGGCAGCCAUAGAGCAACACUCAAAGUCAGCAAUGGAUCUCGAAUCCGUGAGUGGAACUUCUGUCCAAGGUCGGAAUGUUUUCCUAAGUGGGGAGGACUCGAUGGCAAUUAGAAAUCCUUUGACCAAGACGUUAAAUAAUCGUCUUACCCGACUUGAGGAUGGAUUCAGCAGUAUCACCAGUAAGAUUGAACUGAUGCUUGUGUUACUACAAGGACCUAGCACCUCAAAUGAUAUGUUAAGUGCUUCGAGCUUCCACAACGCUUCCGUCCGUAACAAGCAGUUCAGUCAAUUCGCCGUUGAUCGGUUUACAGAGGAUGAUAUGGAAGAAAGGAAAAAGGCGGAUUCUAGUUCUGAAAUGGCUUCCGUUGCUAAUAGCAUCGAACCAACAUUUCCAAUAGUGGAUGCUACUGAAUAUCGACGGAAAAAACCUUUAUUUUUAGACAAUAAAUUCAGAGAGCCGCCUCUGAAGUUAAUAAGAGAUUUAGAUGAAAGAUUAUUUCCACGGGUAGCGCUCUCUGCGAAAGAUAGGCUUGGUAAACAGCAGAGGCCUUUUGUUGUUGCUAGAGUGAACUUUUUGAAAUUCUAUCGAAGACACAGGACUUUAUGUCAAAACUUGUCCAGAGAAUUUUUAGUAAGAUCGCAUUUUUGGAUAGUUCCAGGAGGAAUAAAAGAGAUAGACGACGAGUAUGCAGAAAGACAUGCAUUUAUCACGAGCGUCUUCACAAUAAUAGCCAUGAGCUUCGAUGACAAUGAUAAAUAUGCGGAAGAACAAGAAGUCUUGUAUCCGCUUGUAGAGCGUUUGCUGACUAACACCCUAACGAUGUUUGAAAAGCUAAUUGCUCAUGAUAUUGAAGCGAUUAUGUACUGUUGUAUGUUCCAUAUAUCGAGAAAGGCAAAAAGACACAGACAACUACAAUUCAAUUCUUUGGUACUAAGCGAUUUUGCCCUAAAUAGCCUGCUGAGUAUUAUAGACUUUAGUGAGAUCAAAGAGCGAGUCUUGAAUAAUGAAGAAUAUGACACAACAGACCUAUACCAUCUCCGAAUACUUAAUUCACUUACUGCUUGUAAGCUAGAAUAUUCCGUUGGAUAUGGAUCUUUCUGUCCGUUGGAUGACUCUAUAAAGGAACUAAACAAUUUAACUGCAAAAUUCCCCCAAUCAAAUUUUGGAGAUGACAUAAAAGUCAGUGAGAUUAACCUUGGAGAUGUUGUUAAUAUAAUCUUCACAAAUUUCAGAUCUUUUUUUGAAAGUACUAAAGAAAAUUUUGGAAAGAAAACCGAGGGGAAUGGUAUAAGUGAAAACCUAAUUAUAUUUCCUCAGCUCAACUAUUGGCUCAAAAAUUGGGAAGAACUACUAGCCAGAGAUGGGGGCGGGGUGUUACUCUUCACUUUUGACUUUUAUCACAUCAUGAUUUGCCGUUCGUUUAUUUCUCAUUAUAUCGAGGAGCUCAGAGAACAGCCGGAGUUUUUGAAAGGCAUCUUAAAUACUAUGAAAGAGCAUUCGUUUUCCCUACUAAGAGGUUUUCUUCGCUUGCCUCCUUCAUUAUUCAAAGGUGCUCCUAUGUUUACGACUCAACAACUAAUAUACGCUUGCUUGACGCUGUGCGACUUUCUUCAUUGGUUUGAUCCAUCGGAAAGACAAAUUGUUCUAAAUGUAUGCACAAGAGUUUACUGGCAACUAAAUACUAUUGGGGAAAAAUUAAAUGAAGCUACAGAUAAUGUGGGAAAAAUUAUAAAGUCUAUUAUAGAUACUAGUAAGUCUAGGGUAAAUACGGGACGGCUCUCGAACUCGUUCUCUUCUCUAGGUCCGCAGCAAACAAAUGAAAUAGCUAAGGAGAUUGAAAUUACCACUCCAAAGAGUGUAACGUCACAUUUGAGUUUAGGUGAGAGUGGGACUGGUGGCAGCUUUUCGAUGCCUGAUGUCGAACAAUUCAAUUCAUUUGAGGACUUUUUCCAGGAUUUCUUCCACAAUUUGAAACCAACGACACAAAAAAUGUUUGCUGCUGCGUCGAGUUCACAAGGGUAA